AUGCCUGAACCCGCUAAAGAUACGGCGAUAGAAAUCACGCCGAAAGCGCCCCCAGUACUUAGUCGCGUUCAGAGCAUUGUUUCAGAAUUCAACCGCGCUACCAGUUCGCGCGUAGGUGGUAGAAAUAAAAAAGAAGAAAAGAAUGAUGCUCGAGUUUUGGAAAACGACGAACCAACGCCGUCGCGAAAUAUCCCUGAAGUCACGCGGAUUAUACGAGAGAAUACCGUUCCCCGCGUCGGUGUAAGCGUAUCUCUACGGGUGGUUUUGUGCCUUCUUUUAAUCGUGAAUUGCGUUUUUCUCGUACGCAUAGACGAUGGUAUUCGCACGGGUGGCGCCAAUACUGGUUUGGGUAUUUGGACGAACGAGUCCCCUCCUCCUCCUCCUCCUCCUCCUCCUCCGCCGCCGCCGCCACAACCUUCUCCACCACCACCUCCGCCACAUCCUUCUCCACCACCUCCGCCACCGCAUCCUUCUCCGCCACCGCCACCGCAUCCUUCGCCUCCUCCUCAUCCUAAACCACCACCACUCGUUGUUGCAAGAGAAAGCUUGGAAUAUAAGUCAGUUGUUUGGGACAGCGCACGUCAAGGAAACCUUGAAGAUAGUUUUACGGAAGUUCUCAAAGAUGAAGAAAUUACAGAGGACGAGAUAUCUACAUGCUCCUAUGGUUCAAGCAGUGGUGUAUUAUUGAGUUGGGGUAGUGCUUCCACCAAAACCAGAACGUGUGUCUUGAUGCUAUUGAUAAAUAAGUUGGGACAGGAGAGUUGGAAGAUGGUCAGCGUACCUGAAUAUUGGGAUGAUAAUUACAGAGGUGUGACUUUCACAAGGUCUAGUUCUGGAGGUUCUUCUUCACGCACACCAAGCCCCGGGGUAUCUGGUACAGUCUCGUUACACGACGACACGUUCUAUACCGCAGUCAGAAUGUGUCUCGGUGAAGAGCCUUAUUUUGGUUUGUGUGAAAAUGAAGGUUCAAGUACUGGUUUUGGAACCAUGCCCGCUUGGAAUACGAGUUUAAUCACAACAAUGAAGGGACUGUUUCAGAAUAAUUAUAAUUUUAACGGUGAUUUGAGCGCUUGGGACACGUCCUCCGUGACCGAUAUGAGCGAGAUGUUCCAAGGUGCAUUAGCUUUGGUCAAUCCUGAGAUUGGUACUUGGGACACUUCUCAAGUCACGACCAUGGCUUCCAUGUUUUAUUUUGCCUCUUCGUUUAAUUCGGAUAUUAAUGAUUGGGACACGUCUCGUGUUGAGGACAUGUCGCUCAUGUUUAACUCUGCGUCGUCGUUUAAUCAGGAUAUAAGUUUGUGGGACACUUCGCAGGUCACGGAUAUGGGACACAUGUUUAAGUAUGCUUCUGCGUUCAGUAGGAACACUGAAAGUUGGAAUAAAGUGAAAGUGAGAAAUGCAAACUCUAUGUAUGGUAUUUAUAUCACCGACGACAACUUUUUACACGCCAUUCAGUCGUGUUUGAAUACGAACCCCUCCGACGGUUUGUGUGCAUACAGUGAGUACGGACAAAUGCCGAACUGGGACGUGAGUCGUGUUACGAACAUGAGGAGUGCAUUUUUGAGUAAAAGUGGGUUCCGUGCAAAUAUUGGAAGCUGGAACACAUCUCAGGUUACGGACAUGACUUCUAUGUUUCAAUCUGCAGGUAGUUUUAACCAAGAUAUAGGGGAUUGGGACACGUCUCAAGUGACGGAUAUGACUUCUAUGUUUCAAAGUGCAGGUAGCUUUAACCAAGACAUUGGGAAUUGGGAUACGUCGAAGGUGGUGGGUAUGGGCUAUAUGUUUUAUAGUUCGACUGCUUUCAACCAGUACAUUGGCGGUUGGGAUACGUCAAAUGUGGAGAGUAUGGCUUCAAUGUUUCGAAGUGCCGGUAACUUUAAUCAAUAUAUUGGUGGGUGGGAUACGUCAAAAGUGACGACUAUGACUUUUAUGUUUUACAGUGCGUAUAACUUCAACCAAUACAUCGGCGAUUGGAACACAGGACAAGUGACGGAUAUGUCUUUUAUGUUUUUCCAAGUUACUUUCUUCAAUCAAGACAUUGGGAGUUGGAAUACAGGACAGGUAACGAGUUUAUAUCAGAUGUUUUACCAAGCCACUUUCUUCAACCAGGAUAUUAGCUCUUGGGACGAUUCAAAUUUGAGAAAGGACGCAAACCAGUACUACGAAAGCUAUUAUGGUAGUAUUUAUGACGAUGGUAAAGCCAAUAUGUUCUACCAAGCGACUGCUUUUCAACAAGCCUUUUUCUGUGAAAGCGUUACAAGUGGUCCACCAAGUUCGUGUAACAAUACGUUGGAUGAUUAUUCGAUGAAUAAUGCAAUAUCUCUCUGUUUAGCCGAAGCUCCAGUUGAUGGUUUGUGUACGAAGUUUGGGUCGGCGAGAAAGAUUGGAACCAUGCCGAAUUGGGAUACGAGUUUGGUGACAAAUAUGAAUGGAGGCUAUUCCAGCUAUUACAGAAUGUUUAAUCGAAAUCCUUCCUUUAAUGGCGACAUUUCUAAAUGGGAUACAUCGGGUGUGACGAGUAUGCAAUAUAUGUUUUAUUCCGCUACUUCGUUCAACCAACCUAUUGGGAAUUGGGACACGUCCAAGGUGACGAGCAUGUAUUCUAUGUUUCAAUCCGCCACUUCGUUCAACCAACCUAUUGGGAAUUGGGAUACGUCCAAGGUGACGAGCAUGUAUUAUAUGUUUUAUUUGGCUACUUCCUUUAACCACUACGUCGGCGAUUGGGACACGUCCUCGUUGAGUUCUUACUCGUAUGUCUUCACUGGAGCAACAUCGUUUCAGGCAAAAUAUACGUGUGCUUCCAGUGGUACCGGAACGCAGCAAACACCAAAUUCACACAAACCGUCGUGGUGUAAAACGGUUCUCUCAACUUGGGUCGCACCGCCGCCUCCAGCAACUUCCUAA